AUGCCUCGGAGUGAGGGCGAGUGUCUGGCGGAUCAAGCUCGAUGGACACCUUAUCCGACUCAUCGCCAGCCGUGUCCAUCACAGAUAGACCUCUUUUUCGAAGAGGCGAGUAAUCUGUCCACCAUUGCGCGGGAUAUUUCUCGGAGCAUGUUUGGGGAUAAUGAUCACAACUUGAACAUACACUUGGAGCCGGUUCAACGCCGAAGUCGGGAAGAGCUAUAUGAGCAGCUACAGCGGUGGCAGAGGUUGUUGCCGACCGCGUUUGACUCGAAGGAAUUGCCCCCGCAUAUAAUCCUCUUAAAAAUGCGAUACAAUGCACUGGUCAUCAAUCUAUUCAGCUGCAUCUCUGAAAACGAACUCUCAAGAACCACAUCUGAAGCCCCUCAUACCCCCGAAAGCCCACCAAGGCAAACACCGGAAGCCAAAUAUAAUCCCUGGCAGGUUACGCAAUCAGCUGCACGAAGUAUUGCUGCAUUAACACAUCUGCAUCGGCAGGAAGUCGGUCUAAGCCGCGCUCAUCAUUUCGCUAUGUAUGCGAUCAACCUUGCGCUAUUCGCGAUGCUUGAACAGGAAACAUUUGAUGUUCUAGACCAAGAUUUUCUCUCCUUGGCGGGCGCCUUCUCCAUCGUUGCCAAUCGAUCGGCAUUGGGGCGAAACUUGUUUCACAUUUUCCGGCAGUCUGUGCGGGCCAAAGCUCAAGGCGACCGAAUUCGUAACGCUACAUCUAUACCCGAUGAAUUGAAAGAAUUAUUCGAUGAAGAGUCUAGGGGAGAAGGUGGUCAUCGAUUUGACCAGUACGCUGAGGGAUUGGAGAAGUUGAACCAAAAGGAGAAAUACCAUGGCAUUGGUAAUGGCGGCGACACUAAUCUCCAGGAUUACCCUGGCAUGGGGCUUGCUGAUAUGCUUGACCGGUAUGAAAGCCUUAGUCUUGGGAAGGACGAUAUGCUUGUGGAAAGGUUCCGUCCAGUCAAAUGUUGA